CGUUCGUUUAUCCCUUUUUCGACUCCUCAACUCUUGACUUUGAAGGGUUUUUGUGGGAUUAAGUUUAAUGCCCUUGGACACCCUCUUCAAGCAGCUAUUCCCCAGGAAUAUACUCAAGCCAAAACUCUAAGGAAGAUAGCCGCCCGACAGGAUGCGGCGAAGGGAAGGAUAAGGCCGGAUAGAAAGGAAUAGAGGGAAGUGAAGGGCAGAAGGCUUGUCUGCGCCGAAAACACCAACAGCAGAAUGAAUAAAUCAUUGGAAUAGAGGGUGUCGUGACAUCUGGCUGAGGAGUGAGUGAGAUACAUUCUCCCUUUUCUUUUCCCUAUUCUGCCCACUCCUAGUAUCCCUAGCAUCAUCAUUCCUUGUCAUCUAACCAUCUUUCACUUACCCUCUCUGGACACCCAGGCGCUCAAUCAAACCGACAGGAACAAGCUUAUUUCAACGUUUAGCAAGUUUCCCCCCCUCACCUUCUCUUCCUCCCCCCUGGUGCGGCGUGUGAUGGUGUGUCCCCUCCUCUCUUUCCUGGAGACAUGCCUGUGCAGGAGAUGGCGGUGAGUCCUGUCAAGUCGCUGUACUGGGAGCAGUUCCCCCCCAUGACGCAGCGCCGCGUCUACUGCACUCCCGUCUACCACGAAGGCCUUCUCUAUGUGCUGGGGGGCUGCAGCGAGACCGGCGCCCCCCUGGACAGCGUGGAAGUCCUGGAUGUAGAGAGUCAGACGUGGAGCCAGCUGCCCCCGCUGCCCACUGCGAGGGCUGGGGCCUCGGCUGUGGCGCUGGGGGGCCAGGUGAUGGUGCUCGGGGGCAUGAACCAGCAGCAGACCCCCCUGCAGUCCGUGGAGAUGUACCACCCCGACGAGAGCAAGUGGGAGACCAAGGCCAGCCUGGGGCAGCCGUCCAUGGGGGUCACCACCGUGGAGAGAGAGCAACAGUGACGGCUCCAUUUGCAACGGGACAAACAUGGAAACAAGAUUCAACAUUACAAUCACUGAGGACAUGCUCAAGACCCUUUAAUGUACAUCUGAUCCAGGAUUGACCUGCAUGAUGAUUAUGGUGCGUUCACACUGGACUUUUACAUACCUGGCUGCUUGUACAUACUUUUAACAUGCACAAAGCAGCAGUAGUGUUUAUUUUGGCUAUGAUUCAUAAAACAUUCAGUAUCUAGGUUUGUACAUGGAGAUAAGCCCCGCCCCCUUGCAGGCGCAUCUUUGUUUGAAACACAAAUUAUGCCACGGGAAUGCAAUGACCGCAAGUAACACAAGGCUAAUCUUUGCUUUGCGUUUGGUAUCGACGCACCAUUAUAUCAUUA